GUAACUAUCCAGAAAUCCAAAACUAUUGGCAUGCCUUUCUUCUUGUCUUUCAACGAAAUACAGCACAAACUUUCUUCCUCAUGACGCUUCUGUAUCGAUGUGUAACUAGAUCACUUCCGAGGCUGUGAGUCAAGUGUGUUGUAGUUCUAUCCAAGUUUCUUGAGCAGCCUGGGUGGACUGGCUAUCCUGCUGACAAAUUAAGGGGUUUAUUAGUCCGAGGAGGAAGAACGAAGGGAGUGAAAUCUAAUGUCUGUUGUGGCCGGUUAGACUCUUGGUCUUACCCGUGGUUGUCUUCUGAGCAAAUAAAGAGGAGUUUGCGUAGUGUGGUGGAUAUGGAGGUGGUUGAAAAGGACCAGGUUCGUACAGAUUCAAGUUGUGAUGAGCUGGUGGACGAUUGGCUUGCCAUCAAAACAGAUGCCUUUGCCAUGAAACCUGACGCAAUGAGCGAUGGUGCGGAUGGCCAAGCAGAACAACAAGGGUCCGAAUGGCGUGUUUCUGUCAGCCAAGGCCCUACCUUGUCGCAAGUCGUAUUGCAAUUUGUGAAUUCAGCCUAUGAUGGGGAUGACUCAGACGAGGAGCUACAGAGCCAAGCAGCAAGUGAAGCCAGUACUGUGGACACUGCCUCUGCUGAUGUCAGUGAUGAUUCAGAAUAUCUCAACGAAGUCUGUACUUUCUGUCAACUGGAAGAGAGACAUUCAGCCCUUUCCACCCUUUACCCGCCUGUAGAAUGCAUACUACCACGACUGCCAAGGGAACCGGCUGGAUUUUGGAGCUACUUCGCUUCUAUUCAAGUUGACAGCGACAUUUACAUUGAGCUGGAGAAGUAUUUUGCUCAUGUGAUCCGGUUCUGUGGUGUAUCCGUGCUGAAAGAGAUCUUCUUUGCAACAGAAGAUGAUUCCGCCAAUGAGUAUAUGGAGGAGGUGGGAGAACUGAAGCGAAAACGCUUGGUUGAGGCCGAAAGGCAAGACCUUGAAGCUCUGGAAGGUGUAUACGAACUUCAUGCUCAAGUCACGGAUAUCGACAACCUUGCAAUGUGGCAUAGUUUUGAGGACAAGGCCAUUGCUGACGCGGAGCGAUCCGAACGCAAGCUUUUCAAGUUCAGCUGCCGUCCGUUCUCCACCUUGCAGGAGAUGGCGAGUUUCGGUCGAGAUCAAGCAUUGCAACGAAGCUUGGACGACGAUUUGCCUCUAGCUGCCAGAGCAGAAGCGGCACACGAAGAAGAUUCUCUUACUCAAGAUAUGAUUGAGUCGCGUGUCGCACUUUUACAGCUGGAGUCCACGUUGUAUCAGUCCAUAGCUAGCCGCACGGAGAAGAGUAUCAAACUGAUGCUGGCCGAUAAAGACGAGAUGUGCCGUUCAGUUGCGCGAGAGAAGGAGUGGUGUGGUAUCGGCAUGGCGGCACGGCUACACUUGUUAGAGCGCAAGUUUGUGACGUGCUCGGUGGACCUGCUGAGAGUUCACUGUAGGCAGCUGCAGGUGCAGAAGGAGCAAGUUCUCUUGGAUAUUGCCUCGCUAACCGGAAGCGUGGAAGAAGAUCAAGAAACCGUGCACAAGCAGGAAAAGCUGUUUUACGAACUCCACCUCAACCUUCUAGAAACGCACAUGGCAUUACUGGAUGAGAAAGGCAAGCAGAUCAAGUUCUGGCUUGAAGACCUGCCACCUUCCGAUUCCAGGCGCAAGCAGCAACUUCUUGCGCAAGAAGCGAGCCUGUCAACCAGAAAAUCUAGACGGCGUGUUGAGAAGAAAAUCUGUGAAAAGAAUGCCAAAGAAUUGAAGUUGGAUCUGUUCUCACAUGAGAAGAGCACUGUUGCGCAGACAGCUGUGUCUAAGAUUCAGGAAGUACGGGAGUUCGAAGCCAAACAUCUUGAGGAGGAGCGGCGCAAAUCACAUCGCAAGGCAUUGGGCAGAGUGAAGGAAUACCGGACUAAAAAUUACAAACCGCCAGAGGUGCUGCCACCACGUUAUCAACCACCGUCACUGAGAAACUCCAAACCUCCACGCCAAAAGACUGCGAACCCGUCAACAUCGUCUAUCCUGGCAUCUAGUAUGUCAUCAUUGCGCGUGGGAGCACCGAAGGCUGCCCUUGUUCAACAACAGGCCGCAUCGCGGACAGCAGCAGCUGGAAAGAGAACAUCACAACUCAAGUCCGCAAGUGCAAAGAAAAGCUCUUCUGCGGGGAAGUCACCUGCUAAGAAAGCAUCGACGUCGUCAAAAACUGACAAAUCUAGUAAUGCAGCUUCUGUAUCUACUGGCAACGAUGCAGUUGCUGCUUCGCCUGCUGCUCAGACAGUACAAGCAGCAGCAGCACCACCUCCUCCACCGCCGCCGCCACCACCACCGCCGCCAUCUAUACCAGCAGCACCAGCAGCAUCAAGCACUGCAUCUGGCGCAACAGCAUCCAGUCAAUCUGCGCUGUCCGGCAUGCUGUCGUCCGAUCCGAUGGCUGCACUUAGGCCUUCGGUGAGUCGUGAUGCAGCCAAGCCAACUGCUACUGGUACUGGUGGUGGUGAUGCUUCGGGGAAGACAAUAUCAACUGGAGCUAUAGCCGAAGGUCUCAAGCAGUUACGACGCGUGGAGAGACCGGAAGCCAGUGCUACGAUCAGCCCACCAAGUGGCAGCAUAUCCAGCAGUGAUAUCCAACAACGACUGAGCUGUCUACGUAGAGUUGAGCGAGAUGCAGCGGGAGAGCCAAUCAUCUCUUCCAGUCACCAGCGACUGCGUAUGGAAAGAGCAAAGCAGUCUGCAGCUCGGAGGCAGUCUGGAUCCGCUCACAUUCCCGAAGAGCCUAAUGAGGAAUGGCGUGAUAUGCUCUCUGCCCGUUUAGAUAGAAUGGCUCGGUUUAUUGAUCCUGUCGAUGAUGAUGACGGCAAUGAUGCCAUUGAUGCAGGUAGUGGCGAUGAUGAUGAGUUCAGCUAGUUGAGUUCUGUGAGUUGAUGCUGAAAAGGUGUGAUACUCUGUGCUCAGUGUACCAUUGGCCUUACUCAUGCACACUGUCUUGUUCUAAAUUAUACCGGUGUGCAGGCUGGUAAUCCUAGGGAGUAAUUGGUGCAGCUUGCCACUGGCCUAUAAUGUAAGUCUGUACAAGAUCAAACAAAUCGUGUGCCGCCGCUUUUGUCCCCGAGUACGGGUAGUCUGUUGAUACACUAUGGGCAUGGCUGUGAUUUGCUUUCCGGUAACACAGUGAUGGUGCACCAGUGUCUGUCACUGUUACUGCUUGAAUUGCAGGCAUUCUCUUGCUGGAGAUCGUGUACUGUUUCUCUCUGUAUGUGGAGUACCAGAUGUAGACUUGCCCUGCCCUGCGCUGCCGUAGUAAACGUACGACGUUAACCUUGAUGUAAACCCUGUUUCUCUGUUUACCUGCUAGGUCGUAUAUACUUGUCACCUGUACCAUGUCUACACCCUGUGUGUUAGUCCGAACCUACACCGUAGCUAGGUGUCGUCUGUGUGUUCAUAUUACUGUUUUUAUCUCGUCGUUAGUUAGCUUGCACAUCCGAAGAUCAAGUGCGGGCGCUGGUUCUUUCCCUUAUUGUUUUUGUAGUCCCACAAUCAGCAUUGAUUCUAUGCCGUGUAGAUAUGGCCACGAUAACCAUGCCCAUGGCCUCCUUGUCCUGUGUGUACGUAUGUCACAUGGCUCAGAGUAGCAUAACUACUGCAGUUGGACUUCUCUGCUCUCUGUCACAUUUAUAUUUUGGAUGUAGUUUUUAAAAGUUUUACCUGCUUCUCAUCUGCUACAAUUUAUUUUCCUCGUCUUUGUUUUGUCCUGUCACACUUGCCCAGCAGCCUUGCUUGGGUAUGCAUGCUUGUGUCUUGUCUUGACACCGCUGGAAAUCGCAAAGUGAUGCGUAUUGUGUUUUACAAGUAGGCUUUCUUCUCACUCCUGAAGGCCGAUGCCUGGCCAAGCAUGCAUUCUCACCGAUUGUUCUGCUCGUUGUCGGCUGAAUCAUCAAAUGUGAAACACCUGAAUCUACCGUGAGAACUGGCUGGUUUAGUUCUGCUGGA